AUGAAUCUUGAUGACAGUGUUAUGUCUGGUUUCAAUGUAUUGGAAACAUCAGUUCUUGAUGAAGUAUUGACAUUGGAAACUUCAUUCAUCAACAAUGGUUCAAUGGAUGAUAGCGAUGCUUUAAUUAGUAAUUCACGAGGUAAUUCUGCUUAUGCUAAUGCUGUUAAUUCCGGAAAUGCUAAAAAGUUGAAUGUUAAGCAUGCUAAACCAACUGCAAGAAAACCGAAAACUGGAACUGAUGUUUUGAAACAAAUUGGUGUUGCCAAUUGCAGACGUUUGACACCAAAUUGUAAAAAAUUGUAUAAAGUUACAAAUCUGCUCCUUAAACAAAGUCGACGUAAUGCGAACCGAAAUAAUUUAUUUAAAACAAGACUUAGAGAUGCUGAAAAGUUCGCUGAUAAAUAUUUAGUUUCACGGCUGUCACAAAAAACUACUGCUGCUGCUUCAUUGUUCAUGCAACUUCAAGUUAGAGAGACCAAAAAGUUUAGCAGAGGACGUAGAUUCAAUUUGGAUGAAAAAAUGUUAAGUUUAUCUUUGUAUAAACGUUCACCCAAAUGUUAUCGAAUGUUGGCAAAACUUUUUACCUUGCCAAGCAAACGGACAUUGAAUAACAUUCUAUCUAGUGUUAGAAUAUCACCUGGAAUAUGUCCAUUGAUGAUGAAAGUACUUAAGGAUAAUGUUCAAAAGCUCAAGCCAUCAGAAAGGUAUUGUUCAAUUUUGUUUGACGAGGUGUGUUUGUCAAGUGGUUUGACCUAUAACACAGUUACCGAUGAAAUUGAUGGGUUUGUGAAUACAGGACAUAGUAAAAAUCAAAAUAUUGCUGAUCACGCAUUAGUCUUCAUGGUACGAGGAAUAAAAAAGAAAUUCAAACAGCCAAUUAUGUACACAUUUUGCAAAGGAGCCACAAACCAAUAUGAAAUUAUUUGUCAAUUGAAAAAAGUGAUUGAGGCUGUUCAUUUGACAGGCCUUCGUGUUGUAGCAACUAUUAGUGACCAGGGAACUGCAAAUGUUGGUGCAAUAAAUAUUUUGAACAAUGAAACUCGACUUUAUCAUGUAAAAAACAACUCAGAAUAUCACGAUGAAUUUUAUGAAGUUGAAUUACAUGAUAAACAAAGGCUGAAAUUGGUUCACAUAUAUGAUGUCCCGCACUUAAUGAAAUGUAUAAGAAAUAAUUUACUAACCAAAAAUUUAUCUUAUACAAUUGAUAACAAAACAAAAUAUGCAAAAUGGUCACAUCUCGAAGAUCUAUACAAGAUGGAUAGUGCUGUUCCAGAUUGCAAGAUGUUACCGCGACUUACCGAUCAGCAUAUAGUUCGAGACAAAAUUGCAAAAAUGAAAGUGAAAUAUGUUACACAAGUAUCUUUUCAAACACUGUCCAAGGUGUUGGAUCUGAAUGGUAUACGUUCCUUUCUUCCUCGGCAUCUCAAUCAGGACCCGUUAGAAUGCUUCUUUGGUGCAAUCAGAAGUAUUGGUUCAAAAAAUCCGAAUUGUCAUGCAUUUGCUUCUGCAUACAAAACUUUAGUUUUGAAUAAUUUGGUGUCCACCCACUCACCAGGAUCGAACUGUGAAGAAGACUUCACAGAAGGAAGCUUGUCAUCAUUCAAAAUUUUUUUUGAGAGUGCCAUUGCUUCAACGUCUGACUUUGAGAACCAAAUUGUCAUUAGUGCUGAUUUGCCUCCAACACUACAUAAUUUAUCAAUGACUACUUCUUUUGUUCGAGGACAAGCUCAAAAUUACAUUGCCGGAUUUAUAGUAAAAAAAUUAAACAAAACUUUUUUUAAAAAUUGUCAAACAUGCCUCACUCAGCUUUGUACAGAAAAGGUAUCCGAACAUCAUUCAUUAAUAACUGCUCGAGAAUAUCAAUCAAAUCAUCCAACUUUAAAAUACCCAACAUCUACAUUAUGUUCUAUAGUUCAACAAAUCAUAAGUUUUGUCGGAGAAAAAAUGUCAAAUGUCUGUCUUCAUCCUAAUAUACAUUCAACUCUGACUAAUGCCUUAAAUCAACAAUUAAUUUUCCCUUUUGAAUUAAAUUGUUCGGAACACAAAGAUCUUUUCCGGCUGAACAUAAUUAAAUUUACAGUUAAAAUGAUGAUACAACAUUAUUGUACUGAAGUUAACAGAAUCCUACUAGGAAAAAGAAAAUUGCAAGACAAUGAGACUGAUCCUGUUAAAAAAUUGGCAUACACAUGGUAUUUAAAGCACUCAAAGACCAGAAAAACUCAGGGAAAGUUUAACUUAAUUUAA